AGUGUACCUUACUGUCUUCAUAAAAUAUGUUUGUUUUUCAGAUACAAAAUCCACAAUAAAAAUCGAAUCAACAUGGGAUAGCCCUUAUUACUGCUAGAGGACCAUGUAAAAAUAUGAUGGAAGAGUAAUUUGUUGUAGUUUCUCCAGCAGCAGACAUGCACGUUCACGAGUUUAGCUGAAGGUGAGGACAACAGGACUGCUGGAUUCAUGACGCAUUGAACGGAACACGGUGUGAAAGCAAGCUGUAAAACCCAUCGUGUGACGAUGGAUCCACUUCAGUCUGGGGGAAAAUACAAUCCAAAACAUCGGGAUGAUGCCUCGGAACAGUCAAAGCACUUUCUUCCAAAAUGUGAUGAAAAUAAGGUGGAGAAGAGGAGAACAUCACGCAGGCUGCUCGUUGGAAUAGGUCUACUCAUAGCCAUAGCAAUCAUUGCAUUAGUUACAGGACUGCUAGUGUGGCAUUUCCAAUUCAGAUCAAAUGGGAGGGUGAGGAAGAUGUUCAGUGGUUAUUUGACCAUCUCCAGUCAGACAUUCUCUGAUGCUUAUGAAAACUCGAACUGCACUGAAUAUAAAGAUUUGGCCUCAAGGGUCUCAAAGCAGCUCAAAACUAUAUACAGUCAAGUUCGCAUGCUGUCGAAGUACCAUGUGGGAUCCAGCGUGCAAGGUUUCAGUGAGGGCAAUGGUAAUGGUGUCAUUGCAUACUACCUGUCUGAGUUUAAUGUGCCGGAGGUCCAAGUGUCUGCUGUGGAUGAGGCCAUUGCAUCCAUGGAUGGGGCAGAAAAUGCAAGGAAAAUCCGGAGGGUGUUUGGUCGCAAGACUGAUAAUAGCCUCAUCAUUGACGGAAUGACAUCUGGGGCUGUGGAUGCUCGGCUAGCUGGCAGAAACCUCAAACGUUCCAGUAAAAGGUCACAUCAUGCCCAUGAAAACCAGACAGACAUUAUCCGAUCUCCAGGUUUCCCUAAUUCCUCCUACACUGCCAAUCUUUAUACUGAGUGGCAGAUUCGGGCUGACCCGGAGCACAGGAUUAGACUGGAGUUUGAUGUCCUAGACCUAGAGAAAGACUGUCGUAAUGACUUCGUCAAAGUGUAUGACUCGUUAGCCCCAUCAGAGAACCAGGUCAUAACAGAGAAAUGUGGAUAUCGCUUACCCAGUGAGAAAUUGAUUUUCAUCUCAUCUGGGAAUGUCAUGCUGGUUACACUGGUUACAAAUGAAGAAAAAAACUUCCCAGGUUUCAGGGCAUUUUACUCCCAGAUCCCAGCAAAUAUUGGAGAGUGUGGGGGGAAACUAACUGGAAUAAGUGGUACCUUCACAUCACCUGGCUAUCCCUCUCAUUAUCCACCUCAAAUUGAGUGUGUCUGGAACAUUGAGGUUCCCAAAGGAAAGCAUAUCAAGGUGAAAUUUAACAAGUUCUCUAUACAUAGCCCUGAACAGAACACCAUCACCUGUCACACAGACUACUUGGAGUUAAACUACAGGAUAUGUGGAGAGAAGCCACCCAACAGUGUGAACACUAUCAAAUCAAACCAAGCAACGGUCAAAUUUUAUUCAGACAUGUCUCAGGUGGGCGAGGGCUUUUCUGCAGACUUUGAGGCCUUUGAACCCACUAAUCCCUGCCCUGGGAAGUUCGAGUGUGACAACGAUCUGUGUGUAGCCUCUAAUCUACAUUGUGAUGGCUAUAAUGACUGUGGAGAUAUGAGUGAUGAGAGGGGCUGCACAUGUACUGAGACUCAAAUCAAAUGCAAGAAUGGCUUCUGCAAGCCCCGUUUCUGGCGUUGUGAUGGGGUAAACGAUUGUGGGGAUAGCACAGAUGAGGAAAACUGUGGAAAGUGUAAAGCUCUAGAGUUCAGUUGUCGAAAUGGGCGCUGCAUCCCAGCACAGAAGCAGUGUGAUGGCUACAAUGACUGCGGUGAUGGCUCUGAUGAAUCCCAGUGUGAGAAAUCCAUAGCUGUACGCUGCUCUGAUGCCACUUACAAGUGCAAGAAUAACCAGUGCAUUAGCAAGCUGAACCCUAUGUGUGAUGGAGAGAUGGACUGUGCAGAUGGUUCGGAUGAGAAUGAGUGUAAUUGCGGAAUUAAACCUUACAAGGCCAGUCGUAUUGUGGGUGGAAAGGACUCAAAUGAGGGUGAAUGGCCCUGGCAGGUCAGCCUCCACAUGAAGACGCAGGGUCAUGUGUGUGGGGCAUCUGUUAUCAGUAACCGCUGGCUUGUCACUGCUGCACACUGUGUGCAGGACAAUGACGAAUUCAAAUAUUCCCAGCCUGACCAGUGGGAGGUCUAUCUAGGUUUACAUACCCAGGGUGUGACCAGUAAGUCAAUCCUUAAACGUGUGAAGCGCAUCAUCUCUCACCCUCAAUAUGAUGCCACAACCUAUGACAAUGAUAUUGCUGUAAUGGAGCUGGACAGCCCUGUGGCUCUCAAUCAAAACGUCUGGGCAAUCUGCUUACCCGAAGUGACACAUGACUUUCCAGCAGGGAAAUCUGUAUGGAUAACUGGAUGGGGAAAACUGAGAGAGGAAAUGGAUUCUGUUGCAUCAGUGUUGCAAAAGGCUGAGGUUCGCAUUAUUAACAGCACUGUGUGCAACAAGCUGAUGGAUGAUGGGAUAACACACCGGAUGAUCUGUGCAGGCGUACUGAGCGGAGGCGUGGAUGCCUGUCAAGGUGACUCAGGUGGUCCCAUGUCUUCUACUGAGAUCAAUGGGCGUGUGUUCCUUGCUGGAGUGGUAAGUUGGGGAGAUGGCUGUGGCCGUAGAAACAGGCCUGGUGUCUACACACGAGUCACAGAAUACCGCAGUUGGAUCAGACAGAUGACAGGGGUAUAGGCUCUGCUUUUGCCUCAGGACUCAGAUUUUACAUCGGAUAUUAAGUGGGGACCAAACACAGUAGCACAAAUGUUUAUCAUACAAAAGAACUCAAACAAAUAGCAUAUUCCCAACAAUAUGCAAAAUCAACAAUGGCAGAAGUGUGAUAAUUUACCAGCCAAAAACAUGAAACAAACACUGGGCCAAAUGAAUGAAUUUAUUCCAAAAUACUGUAACUUUUGAUUGGACAUAUGACCUUUGACAUCAACAACAACAAAAGAGCAUUCCUCUCAUUAUUUCUUCAUACUUUUAUCUGUCUCUGUAUUUUUAAACAUUUUAAAAUGCCAUAUAUAUAGACUAUUCAUAGUUUGAGCCUCAAUUAAUUUGUUGCACUUGCUUUGGAAAAAAGCUAUUCUCAAUCAAAUGCCACCUUGCUUUUUAAGUGCUUCUCAGGAACAUUUUUGUAAUUUAAUAGUAGGUGUAAUGCUUUUAUGUGUUUAUGUUUUUAAGUGUAUUUUUUGGAUAAAUUAUAUACAUAUAUAUAUAUUAGAAUAUUAGAUUAUUCAUUUGUUCUGGACUGAUAAUUGUUUGCUUGUAUAUCAUUCUAAUGUCAUUUGCAUGCUGGUAAAAUAUUUUUUUCUUCUUUAAGCUUCAUACAUCAGAUAAAGACUAUUUUAUUUGUCAGAUAAGUGUCUAUUCAGUCAGUGUGUAACUGUGUGUAUAUAUAUGUAAAUUUGUGUUUUGAAGCCUUACAUUUUUGACAUAAAAGAAAACUUUUUUAUGUAAUGUUUAGACAUUUUGUACAAUUUUUACAAUGUAUAUAUUUGGAUUUUGCUGUCUUGUUUACAUUAUGGUAAUUGUUUUGCUGUUAUCCUUA